ACAGAGGUCUCUCAGUUGUCUUAAAAAAAAAAAACUCUCAUAAUGAGAUGGAUGUCUUGCCGGUUCCUUGGAGAAAUUUGCUGGCAGUCUGUCAGUCUGUCUGCAACUGGGCUGUAGGUCAGUUUGGGAGUACAGUAUUAAUACAGGGUGAGCACAUCACGUGGCUCUGCGAAUGUUUCGCAAUUGGCCUCGUCCUGUUGCGUCUUGUGACGGCGCACGGCGGGAGGCCAUCACCCCUGCUUUUAUACGGCCAACUUGCUACUUGGCAAUUCUUUUCUGUUGUUCCUCACUCUGCCAGCUUGAUGCUCAGACCACACCUCAAGAUGGUCAUCUUUGGACCCGGCGCUGCUUACGCCGCUUGCACCGCUGGCUGAGCCUGUCCUGGAGUCGAAAAUGAACUGGGGGACCUUUUAUGCCGUGAUCAGCGGCGUAAACAGGCACUCAACCGGCAUUGGACGAGUUUGGCUCUCUGUCAUCUUCAUCUUCCGCAUCCUGGUCCUGGUGGUCGCCGCUGAGAGCGUUUGGGGAGAUGAGAAGUCCGGCUUCACCUGCAACACCCAGCAGCCUGGCUGCAACAGCGUAUGCUACGACCAGUUCUUCCCCAUCUCGCACAUCCGCCUGUGGGCGCUCCAGCUCAUUCUGGUCUCUACCCCCGCUCUGCUGGUGGCCAUGCAUGUGGCCCACCGACGCCACAUUGACAAGAAGAUUCUGAAGAGGUCGGGCCGUGGCAGCCCCAAGGAACUGGAACACAUCAAGAACCAGAAGUUUCAGAUCACCGGAGCUCUGUGGUGGACUUACAUGAUCAGUAUCAUCUUCAGAAUCAUCUUUGAGGUGGCUUUUCUCUACAUCUUCUACUUGAUCUAUCCUGACUUUAAGAUGGUGCGUUUGGUGAAGUGUGACUCAUACCCAUGCCCCAACACAGUGGACUGUUUCGUCUCCAGACCGACAGAAAAGACCAUAUUCACUGUGUUCAUGCUGGCAGUGUCUGGGGUGUGUGUGCUGCUUAACCUGGCCGAGGUGGUAUACCUCAUAGGCAGGGCCUGCAAACAGAGUUUUCAAGGCCCUGAGGACGAGUCCAAAGUAGCUUGGAUAAGUCAAAGAUUGUCUUCUUAUAGGCAAAAUGAAAUCAAUCAGCUGAUAGCAGAUCAUUCUCUCAAGUCUAAGUUCGCUGUGACCAAAAAGAGCCCGACCGAGAAGGGUGAAAGGUGUUCUGCUUUCUGAGACUCUUCUUCUCCUGCUCCCUUUGAACUAAUCAGCAGUAAUCACACGUCCAUGGAGCAUGUUGCUCAGUGUUGUUACAUAUUUUGUAUAUAGGCCAUUUAUUUAUGUGUCAUUCAGUCAAUCGCUUUUUUAAGUCAUCUGUUUUUCUUUGCUCAGUUUUACUGACACAAAUGUUAGUUGCUGUUGAAGCUCUUCUUAACUACUUGGAGCCAGAAGUGAAGGUUAAAGGACCAUACCAGUGUUAUUGCAAAUCAUGCAUAGCUGAAGUUGGUGUCAAAAAUUUGCCAAAAACUCAAAUGUUUUUGUCAGAUUUUGGUGGUUUUAUCCAAAAAACAAUAUGUGAAGCAACUUGCCAAGCUGUAAAGUUCUUGAGUUGAAGAAACCAUGCUUGUCAUUGUCGCUGUUAACACAUUAAAUUAUGGAUUUGUUUGAAAAUCCUGCAGGUGUGGGUGGUUGGUGCACAGGUUAGAAACCACCAGUCGUAUUUACAAGCUAUGAUUCAUGAAAAUUAAGCUAAUCAAGCAAACAUUGUUCUGAAAAAGAUAACAUGAGUAUUUGGGAUUUCACAUCAAAAAAGUUUCUCAAAACUUAAUUCUUGGAUGUCAGUUUAUCACUCGCGAAUGAAUGUACCAACCAGUAGAUUUUUGAUAUUUCAUUCAGCCACAUCUCAGAGGCUUUCUCGUGCAACGAUAAUGUAGCUUCGGCACAAAAAAUAGAAGGUUCCUAAGACAUACGUGAAAUAAAAUUAGCUUAGUAGUAAUAUAGGACAAUUGGUAAAUCAGCCAAGAUUUGCAAAAUCACUGGCAUGGUCCUUUAAAGAUGCAGAAAUUACAGUAGAAUUUAAAUGCUGGAUAGAAAGUGAACUUUUUAUUUACAUCAGAAUUGUUGUUUAUAGGUACCACAUUUAUUUCCAGUCCGAGUCAAAGCUAGAUUAUGACGGUUUAGGGCAGUGGUUCCCAACUGGUUCGGCCACAGGGUCCAGAUUUCUCUUUUGACCUUAGAUCAGGUUAGGUGUUUAAUAUAUUCAGUGUCCUACUUGCGUUUGGCCAUGUCUCAAGCUAGUUUGCUGUCUCUGUUAAGUAACUGUUCGUUAUUCUAUCACUCUACAGCAGGAAACGGCACUUCAAAAUAAAACCUCUGCGCUGAAAAUUCAGUGUACUUAAAAAUAUAGCGUGUUUCUUUCAUGUGGUCCAUUCAGAAUGGACCCGCGACCCACUUUUGGACCGCGACCCACCAGUUGGGAACCACUGCUUUAGGGCAGUUAUGUGAGUAAAUGCCAUUAAAUGUCAGUAACAGCCCACUCAGCCAACAGUGGUAGAUUUUAUAAGACAUUUUAAGUUAUUUGACUUUAAUAAACUGCACACAGCUGUAACUAUUGUGUAACUAAGCAUACUGAUAUGGAAACAUUAGAAUUAUUGGUGCUAGAGAACCAAAGAAAGUUUCAAAAUACUGUCCAGAUAUGGACGACUGUCUCUAGAUAACAUUGUUAAGCAAGUGAUUAAAAACAGUUUUCCACAAACAUAUCUUAAGUACUGACCUAUUAGUAAUAUGUGUUGUCUCGUCAGAGUAGUCAGAACAGUGCACAGAGCAAAAGUGUAUGUCAAUAAACCUUGUAAUAUCCCAGUACUGUACAUAUAUCUUUGUAUAUCUUUGUAUUUAAUUGUAAAUACUGCCUACUUAAUUCAUUGUAGCUUCUUUUUUUUCUUGGUUUCUGAAAAAUGUUUAUGGUUGUCCUACUUUAUUACAGACAGUUGCUCUUGCUUUAUUUAAUAUGACCCUGUAUAAUAUUAUUUAGCAUCUCUCUGGUCCUGAAAAUGUCAUGUCCCAUAAGCUGGUAUCUGUUUAUAAAGUUAUACAAACUGUAGUUCAUACACAAACCCUGAUGUUGACAUUUAUACCUGCAUAAAGGACUUUACACCCAGGUAAACAAUCCGGUUAAUAGAUAAUAUGGGUUGAAACUAUUUGUGUACAUUAUGUAAUAUAAAGAAAUA